AUGCUUAAGAAGUUAAUAGAUAGCUGGAGAGAGAAUGAUAAAGAAAAAAUGAACAACAUUUCUCAAGAAAUUGAAGCGAUACAAAAGCAGGAAGAAUGUGCCUUACAAUUCUUUCAGAUGGGUACCUCUGAUAAUUUUGAUCUGUCAUCGAUACAAGAGUCACUUCAGAAUUCAUUAAAAUCUAAAGUGCUCAUCCUGGAGGAACUUAAACAUUUUUAUGACCAAAUUUCGGCCACUUCUGUUGAAAGAAUCACCAAAUUAUGCUCUUCUCUCAGCAACUCAUGUGGUAAAAUUGUUAAUGAGCUUAAAAAUAUAGAGAAAUGGACAGAAGAUGGUGAAACAGUCAGACGACUUAAAGAAGAACUGGAUAAUUUACAGAAAGAAAAGCUGGAACUUCAAAAUACACACAGGCUUGCUGUUGACUUAUUAUCACAUGAACGAGAUGUUGAAAUCUCAAAACUGCGUGACUUAAUUGCUGGAAUUAAGUGUGGAGACAUUUCAGCCUUAGAUGAUGUGAGACAGGAACUUGAAGCAAAGUACACUAAAGAAGUUGAAGAACUUCGUCGGUACUUUGAGCAGAAAGUUGCAGAAGUUGAAAAGCACUACUCUGAAGAAAUUGUCAGCCAGCACAGUCGGAAAAUGUCUGAUAGUAGCUGUGAAUCAGAAAAUGACUUAGUGUCUGACAUGUAUUAUAACGGUGGGGGAGACCAUGCAUCUCACCUUACAACACUUACCCAUAUUUGUGAUCCUUAUGUAGCCGAACCAGACUAUAGGGAGCUAGAAGAAGAUUUAGAGCUGGAUGUAGCAAAGAAGCAUAUCACAGACUAUCAGAAUCAACUGCAAACAAUCAAAGAAGAAUUAAGAAAAAAGUACUCUAAUGAGCGGGAGACAUUAAAAAAGGACUAUGAGGCUAAGGUUGAAACCUUAGUGAGGGACCUAAGUGCAUCUCAACAGACAGAAAUACAACAUUUGGACCUGAAAUACAAGGAUGAAUUACAAAAUUUAAAAUCCAGAUAUGAAACAGAAAUACAUAAUACGAGUGCCAGAUAUGAAACUGUUUUAAUGAACAAUGCUGACAAAUUCCAAGAAGAAAUUGAUAUUCUUAAGCAAAAAUAUGAAGAAGAAAUUACUGAGUUAAGGAAAAAGUUUGAAGUAAAUGCUAGGAAAAGAACUGAAUGUCUUUUUUUGGCAGUCAAACAGUACUUUGAUAAAUUUUUCACCACAGUUAAGUCUCAGUUUGAAGAGCGGAAAAGACGAGUGUAUUUCCACUACCAAGUAGUCGUCUGUGUUGUUAGUUAA